AUGAAGGAGCUCGGAGAAGGAGGUAGGAGGAAGAGCUCGGAGGAAGAGCUCGGAGAAGGAGCUAUAGGAGGAAGGGCUCGGAGGAGGAGCUAUAGGAGGAAGAGCUCGGAGGAAAAGGAGGAAGAGCUCGGAGAAGGAGCUAUAGGAGGAAGAGCUCGGAGGAAGAGGAGGAAGAGCUCGGAGAAGGAGGUCUGGCUGAGGCCCCUCCCUCUCCUCUGGUAA